AUGGAAGAGAAGAGAAGACACUUAUCAUCAGAAAUGGCGGCGAAGAUGGCGACGGAGACACCCACACCGAAGAUCGUGUGGAACGAAGGGAGACAUGGAUUCGAGACGGAGGAUCACGAAGCGUUCAUUGAGUACAAGAUGAAGAACAACGGGAGAGUCAUGGAUCUUGUCCGAACCUACGUACCGUCUUCAAAAGCAGGACUUGGUUUGGCUUCGCACCUCUCCGUCGCCGCCAUCGAACACGCCUCCUCUCACUCUAUCUCCAUCGUCCCCACUUGCUCCUACAUUUCCGAAACGUUUCUUCCUCGAAACCCAUAUUGGAAGCGUCUGGUUCACUCAGAAGAUUCCAAGAUCCUUAGAUCAAACAUAUAA